AUGGGUGGCGGACAAAUUACCUUACAACAGAUCAUUGAAGUGAUUUUAUCCAUCUUCCUACCGCCACUUGCCGUUUGUCUACAUGGGGGCGACGAUUGCUGUUUACAUUUCUUUUUAAGUAUUGUAUUAACAAUGCUUGGCUUUCUACCGGGGGUACUUCACGCUUUAUGGUAUUGUUUCUACAAACAAUAUUGAAUGUUAAAGAUGAACUCAAGAAGAGCUUAUUGCUAAAUAAAUUAUAUAAAAUGCAAUUUUUUCGAAUUU